AUGUCGAGCUCGGAGAGUCAAGCUAGGCCAAUCUGUAACAAUUGCACACGACUUGAUUUGGACUGCGAAUACGCCCAGUCCUCAGCACAAAAGAAGAAUAGCGAAAACAAUGUUCAGUCUUCGGUUUCACCAAGCGGCGGUGAAAGCGUCAACUCUGACGGAUUGGUGCAACCUGAAGAAACAACAGCCCGCCGGAAACUCGAACUCGAGCUGUUCUAUCACUAUUCCACAGAGGUCGGACCAGCCCACAACGUGGACAAGUUUUCUCAGAACUUUCUAGGCCCCUUUACGUGCCAGGCAGCUUUGCGGUCAGAUGCCGUUUUAUACGCUGUUUGCAUGGUGGCGGCUCUUCAUAAAGCGCACAUAUCUGGCGAUGACGGCUCAAAAUACAUGGAUCACUGCUUGACCUAUGCUAAUUUGGCUCUUCAGUCGCACCACCACCAGGUGGCCAAUCUCGAUCCCGAAAAUGUGGACUUUUCGUGCCUGACCUCUAGCCUUUUACGGGUUUAUAGAUAUUAUCAGUUACAGAAUCGGCCUUUGGAGCCGUAUGCGCCUCCUAUGGAGUGGUUGCGCAUGUGCAACACCAGCAAUAUUGUGUUCCGCAAGGCAUGGGGGUUCCUUGAAGACAGACAAGAAACAGUGAGCGGCAGGUUGAUGCUGGAAAUCUCGCAAAAUCUGGAAGAAAAGGACAGGAUGGAGCAUUCUAACGAGCUGAUUCACCUCAUGCGACGUCAAGAGCCCCAUGAGUUGGAGGAACAGUGGGAUGACGAAGUUCACAACGUGUAUAAACGCACUUUGAGCUGCCUUGGCUGGCUCUGGAAGCACAGAUUCGACAGCGAUCCCCCCUACGGCGUGUCCAGACGGCUUUUUCUAUUCCCCAUGAUAGUGGACGCUCAGUUUGUGGUGUUUGUAGAGGAACAGCGGCCGCGGGCACUCGUUAUUCUGGCGCAUUAUUUUGCAAUGCUUGCAAUUAUCCGCCAAAUGUGGUAUAUUGGCGAUGCAGGCUUCCGUGAAGCCAAAGCAAUUGCGGCUGCGGUGCCGUCAGCGUGGCUGGGGAUGCUGAUUCAACCGCUGGAGAUUUUGAAGGAUCCAUCCUUGUUGUGUGAUAUUCAGCCCAAAGCCUGACUUGG